CCCGUCCAAACAAAAUGCCAUUAUUGGUACGCCCAAGCCUUCCACAUGACAUCCCAAAAGCCCCUGAUUGGAUGUAUCGAGGGUUGGCUGCCAUAACAGAUUCACUUGGACAUCAUUCGAAUACCACACCCACACAUUUUCUGACGUUGUUACAGCAGGUUGUCAGCGGGCCAAGGAAAACGGGGUUGACUGGGUCUUGGACUUCGUGGAAGAGCACACGAUUCACCUUUGCGCCCGCCGUGAGCGUGGACACAUAAUGGAAGUUACAAUAAACUCAAGGUAGUGUUGCAGUCACCGGUCACAUCUUCCCAGCCUGUCGGAACCAUGGCUACCAGCCGCCCGUCACCGUCCUCCACACGAGGUUCGAGUCCCCCGACUUCACCGAGACGCCCUAUUCCGCACUCUCGGGGGUCGAGCCAACAUGUCCCUCUCUAUCCCAGUCGUCUCCGGGAGGCCACGAACAUGUCGCCGGAGGAGAGGAUGGCCCGGUCAAAGUCGAGUGAAGAAGUAGCCGGAGGCUCGGGAAGAGACGGCAAAACAGUCCCGACACUGUUACCAGGGUCGGAUGUACCCCUUAUAGCCGAGCCAGAGCCUCUAUUGCAGGAAGGUGGAAAUCGCGACGCGCAGGGUUUGAUCGAAGAACCGUCGUUGCAGCAGGUCGAUGCAAGAACAAGCCUGCUUGGGAACUACCAUCACAAUCGUGUCUGUGGACUGAGAGACUGCAAUCACGGCACUUUCUCUCCAAGAGCACCCUCUAUCCGGAGUGGGGGCAGCGGUGCUGAUACUCCUCGUCCACCUUUCGGUGCGCCAUAUCCGCGUGCUGUUGAUGAAGAUGGUGAACAGACAGGUCAGAGCCGUGGAAUCUUUGGGGAGACCUUAGCGGACUCGUUCUUCACCAGCAAGAGUCUAUAUACGACCAGGUGGCUUGCUCAAAAGCAUGGGAUCAAAAGUCCCGGAUUCAUGUAUAUUUCCUACUACAUCCCCUUUAUCCGAUGGGUUGGACAGUACCGACUGAGUUGGCUACGUGGUGACUUCAUUGCUGCUAUUACCAUGGCUUCCUUUUAUAUCCCCAUGUCAUUGUCGUUCGCCUCAAAUCUAGGCCACAUACCGCCCAUCAACGGGUUGUACUCAUUUGUGUUCAAUCCCUUGAUAUAUGCCUUCCUGGGGAGCUGCCCACAGAUGGUCGUCGGUCCAGAAGCGGCAGGCUCGCUGCUAGUGGGUCAGGUGGUCAAGACGUGUAUCAAGCAGGGAGGAUCAACAGACGACAACGAUAUCGUGAACGCACAGGUUGCCGGAGUCGUCACUGCUAUCGCUGGGUCCGUGAUAUUUGUUGCCGGCAUCUGCCGCCUGGGUUUCUUGGACAGCGUAUUAAGCCGACCUUUCCUUCGGGGAUUCAUCAGUGCCAUUGGGUUCGUUAUUCUAGUUGAUCAGCUGAUUCAGGAGCUGGGACUGUCCGAGGUGGCCCGGCAGGAAGGAGACGCAUCGCACGGGAGCAGUGCCCAGAAACUGGUAUUCCUGUUCAGGAAUGUUGGACAUUCACACCGCUUGACUGCGGCGGUGUCAGCCGUCAGCUUUACCAUCAUUAUGCUCUUUCGGUCGCUCAAACGAGCACUCCAGCCUCGUUAUCAGUGGGUGGCCUACUUCCCAGACCGGUUCCUUGUCGUGGCACUGUCAGCCAUCUUCGCAUGGCAGUUCGGAUGGGACAAACAGGGCCUUAAGGUUUUGGGUGAAGUAAAACCACCUGGCGACGGCUCACCAAUCCCAUUCCACUGGCCAUUCCAAUUUCGACACAUGAAAGACAUCGACACGGCUCUCAGCACUUCGUUCCUCAUUGCUUUACUUGGCUUCUUCGAGUCUUCGGUGGCAGCCAAAAGUCUAGGCGAAGGCACUCACGGGCUUCAGGGCAUGACAUUAAGCGCGAACCGGGAGAUGAUCGCUCUGGGCACCGCCAACAUUGUAGGCGGCUGUUUCGGGGCCCUGCCGGCCUUUGGAGGCUACGGACGCAGCAAAGUCAACGCCUCAACAGGCGGCACCACGCCGAUGAGCAGCAUCCUUCUCAGUUUUCUCACGCUCAUCUGCGUCCUUUACCUGCUCCCCUACUUCUACUACAUCCCGCGCGGGGUGUUGUCGGCCAUGAUCUCCGUGGUGGCGUGUUCGCUGAUCGAAGAAUGUCCGCACGAUAUCAAGUUCUUCUUGAAGAUCCGCGGGUGGACCGAACUGUUUCUCAUGGGCGUCAUUUUCCUUGCGACCGUUUUUUACAGUCUCUCGCUCGGCAUCGCCCUGGGAGUUGGUCUGUCGCUGCUCCAACUGAUCCGACACGCGACCAAACCCCGGAUCCAGAUCCUGGGCAAAAUUCCCGGCACGACGAACCAGUUCGAAAACGCCGAGCUCUCGCCCGAAAACAUCGAGUACAUUGAGGGCUGUUUGAUCGUCAAGAUUCCCGAACCCCUGACGUUCGCCAACACGGGCGAGCUCAAGACCCGCCUGCGUCGUCUCGAACAGUACGGCACCAACAAGGCGCACCCGUCCUUACCGCCCGUGCGGCCCGCCGAGCACAACCGCAACGUCAUCUUCGACGUCCACGGCGUGACUUCCAUCGACGGCUCCGGCACCCAGGUCUUCAAGGAGAUCGUCGAGGAUUAUGUCCGCCGAGGCAUCCGGGUCAUCUUUUGCAGACUGCCUCAUCGCCGGAGUAAGGUGUUUAAGAGCUUCGAACGCAGCGGCAUCAUCGACCUUUGUGGCGGGUACUCCCAUUUCGUCGCUAGUGUCGAGGACGCUCUGCGGCUGUCUGAGGCCGAGGAUCUAGAGCAGUUUUUCGAUAGCCGUUUGAACCAUCACGAGAGACGAACUUGAUACAUAGGGGGGAAAAAGGAAACCGAAACCGUCUUGGUAGUGUGCAGCAGAGUAUAGUGUGGACCGGCUCCGGUAAAAAGAUAAAGAGAUGAGAAACUGAAAACAGUUAACUGAUCUGAACUAGAUGAAUGAUACAAUGGAUGAUUGAAGGUAGAUACUUACCUGGUAGAGGAUUGAUUCUGGGGAGUCUCUUGCACAGCAAGCCCAGAUAUAAUUUAAUUUAAUAAAAGAUUAUUUAUAAAUGCAAGUGUCGACCGCUGAUUUAGCGUUUUCAACGUCCUUCCCACAACUCCCACAGUCCAAGAAUAUUCUGCUUUACAACAAUGCCACUUCCUACAAAGCGAUGAAUUCCUAUUCUCCCGAGUAUUGACGCCAGCAAGGUGUCAAAAGAAGGGGAAUUCGAAAUAGUUCUCAUAACGCACUGAAAAGAUGGAAAAGCUCCUGUGGUGACAAGAGUCCAGGAGACUCGUUGAUAGUGACGGCAUUGAAUGGAAUUUGCAAGACAAUAAGUCGACUUUGACUCCUAAACCCUUAUGGUCGCAUCCAAACACAAUCUCUGCCUCUAAGUGUAUUACAAGAUGGACCUAUACCGGCAACACCAACUACCGCGCCAAUACUGCUUCCUGUGCUCGAUCGACGCCCUGAACAUCCCUUCCCACGCCCCUUGCAACCCUUAUACUGUGUGCGAUGCGGGUCCUGUCUCCAGCGCUUUCAGAUCGAUCAAUAGCUGCUCAGCAGAUGCAUAGUCUCCCCUCCAACACCUUUGGACGAUCGAGAUGCAGGGGUAAGAGAUUUUAGGGUAUUCCUGUUCCGCGAAACGACGAUGGAUCUCUUUCUCAAUCGCUUCGUCGUCUUGAUAUAUUGAAGGGACAAGAUCUGGGAAAACCUCUCGACCAGUCAUGACAAAGUGCGCUGUUGACCCAAAAGCGAAGAGAUCGGUCUUCAUAUUGACGUAAUCUCCGUCGCGUGGCAUGUAAUACAUCGAGCCCUCUCGAGCCAACCCGUCUAGGAUGACUGUACCAUCGGGGGAGCUGAGUACACCUUGAAUAUCCGCUAACUUAAUAUCGAAAUUCUCGUCAAGCAGUAUAUUUC